AUGUCCGGUCGCGGCAAGGGUGGCAAGGGCCUGGGCAAGGGCGGUGCUAAGCGCCACCGCAAGGUUCUCCGCGACAACAUCCAGGGCAUCACGAAGCCUGCUAUACGUCGUUUGGCUCGUCGUGGUGGCGUCAAGCGCAUCAGCGGACUCAUCUACGAGGAGACCCGCACGGUGCUGAAGAACUUUCUGGAGAACGUGAUUCGUGACUCUGUCACGUACACGGAGCACGCUCGCCGCAAGACUGUCACGGCUAUGGACGUCGUCUAUGCGCUCAAGCGCCAGGGCCGCACUCUGUACGGCUUCGGUGGUUAA